GACAAGGCGGCGCGUGUGUCCGACGAAUAGAGGCAGCUCCAAAACGACGCAGCAAACAGCUCCAAGUCAGACGAUAUGGCGGGAAUCUUUGAACAGCCGCGCAGCGGAGGCACCCUGUUCCUAGGCGGCCAGAAAAUCAGCGGACAGGAUAUCCGUGACCAGAACGUGCUGGCGACGCAGGCGAUUGCCAAUGUCGUCAAGUCGUCGUUUGGGCCGUCGGGCCUCGACAAGAUGAUGGUGGACGAUAUCGGCGACGUGACGGUGACCAACGACGGCGCUACGAUCCUCAGCUUGCUCGACAUCGAGCACCCGGCCGGAAAGAUCCUCGUCGAUUUGGCGCAGCAGCAGGACAAGGAGGUUGGGGAUGGGACGACGUCGGUGGUUAUAAUAGCGGCGGAGCUGUUGAGGAGGGCCAACGAUCUCAUGAAGAACAAGAUACACCCCACGACCAUCAUCACGGGCUACCGGUUGGCGCUGCGCGAGGCGGUGAGAUAUAUGAACGAGAACAUCAGCGUCAAGGUGGAGCACUUGGGAAGAGAUAGCUUGGUUAACAUCGCGAAGACGUCCAUGUCGAGCAAGAUCAUUGGCGCCGACUCGGAUUUCUUCGCCAACAUGGUCGUCGACGCCAUGCAGUCUGUCAAGACGGUGAAUCAGAAGGGCGAAGUCAAGUACCCCGUCAAGGCGGUCAACAUCCUCAAGGCCCACGGCAAGGCGGCCACCGAGUCGAUAUUAGUCGAGGGGUACGCCCUGAAUUGCACCGUCGCAUCUCAGGCCAUGAAGACGCGCAUCACAGACGCGAAGAUUGCAUGCCUGGACAUCAACCUGCAGAAGGAGCGGAUGAAGCUGGGCGUCCACAUCACCAUUGACGACCCUGCACAGCUGGAGAAGAUCCGGGAAAGAGAAGCUGGCAUUGUCAUCGAGCGGAUUGAGAUGAUUCUCAAGGCGGGAGCCAACGUCGUCAUGACGACCAAGGGCAUCGAUGACCUGUGUCUGAAGUACUUUGUCGAAAAGGGCGCCAUGGCAGUGAGGAGAUGCAAGAAGGAGGACUUGCGACGGAUAGCAAAGGCGACGGGCGCCACGCUCGUCAGCACGCUGUCGGAUCUGAACGGCGACGAGAAGUUCGAGCCGUCACUGCUGGGUUUCGCAGAGGAGGUGAUUCAGGAGCGCAUCUCGGACGACGAGUGCAUCCUGGUGAAGAAGCCCAAGGCCUACUCCUCGGCAUCCAUCAUCCUCCGCGGAGCCAACGACUACGCUCUGGACGAGAUGGAGCGCUCGGUGCACGACUCCCUGUCCGCCGUAAAGCGGACUCUGGAGAGCGGGCGCAUCGUCCCCGGCGGUGGUGCCGUCGAGACCGCCCUACACAUCUACCUCGAGGAGUGGGCAACGUCCGUGGGCUCCCGCGAACAACUCGCCAUCGCCGCCUUCGCCAUCUCGCUCCUCGCCAUCCCCAAAACCCUCGCCACAAACGCCGCAAAGGACGCCACCGACCUGGUCGCCCAGCUCCGCUCCCGGCACGCCUUAUCCCAACGCACGCCCUCGGACCCUUCGGCCUCGGACGACGCCAAGCGCCUCGCCCGCAGCAAAGGGUACAAGAAUUACGGGCUCGAUCUGACGAACGGGAAAGUGCAUGAUUGUCUCAAGGCGGGCGUGUUGGAGCCCAGCAUGAGCAAGGUGAAGCAGUUGAAGAGCGCCGUCGAGGCGUGUGUGGCUAUCAUGAGGAUCGAUACGUUGAUCAAGUUGGAUCCGGAGGAGAGGGGUGGCGGGGAGGAUGAUGGGCAUGGGCAUUAAUCGGUGUAUGGCAACGGAAGGAUUGCUUCAGCGAGGUCGAAUGUCGUAGCGUAGACUCACUACAUUGCAGCAAUGACGCGCGAAUGAAAAAGGAUGGUUAAUGCG